AUGGCUAAGGGAGGUAUUGGAUUGCGUUGUAUGGCAACUGGUUGUGACAAUCCUAUUUUAUAUUCUGAAAUCCGUAUGUUUAUUACUGAGGAUGUUCAAAAGAAAUUGGAUGAAAGAAUUCUUCAAGAAAGUAUUGGAAUGGCUUCUAUUGAUAAAUUAGAAAGGUCGUUUUUGUAUAUUUUGCCGCUUCUCCCUCUCCAUAAUUUUUCACCGAGCUACCCCGAGCCUUUGGGGGCGGGUGAAAAAAACCUUCGGUUCAGGGUUUUACCUAAAAAUCCGUCGAGAGUCGGCCCUAGUUUCAAUAGACCUAGCUUAUUAAAGACGACUCUCGGUUAA